AUGACGAAGACCAGGAGGAUAUUCUCCCUUUUGCUGAGGCUCCUAGCCUUGGGUGCAACCCUAUCGGCCACCAUAGUCAUGGUCACAAGCCAUGACUCAGCUGAAGUCUUGAACUUAACGUUCAAAGCAAAAUAUAGCAACGAAUCUGCGUUUAAGUACUUCGUGAUAGCAGAAGCUGUUGCGAGUGGAUACAGCGUUAUUGCUCUCUUUGUUUCUUCAAAGACUUUGCUUUGGCGCUUGCUUGUGAUCCUAGAUGCGGUUAUAACGAUGCUACUGACAUCAAGCGUCUCGGCCGCCUUGGCGGUAGCUCAUGUGGGCAAGAAAGGGAACAGUCAUGCUGGAUGGCUGCCUAUUUGCGGACAAGUGCCCAAGUUUUGCAACCAAGUCACCGGAGCUUUGAUCGCCGGUUUAAUUGCUGCAAUAAUAUAUUUCCUGCUCUUUAUAUACUCCGUUCACACUGUUCUCACUCCUCUCUUCACCGUAUAA